AUGGCUGGCCUUCUCCAAACCAGCCUGAUCUGGAUCGCUUAUGCGGUGGCUGUCGGCCUGGCGCUGGUGGCUGCCGUUAUCACCACGUUUACAUGGCAGGCGCCGCGCGACCGGUCCGCGGGUGUCAGUUCUGUCGCCGUUGUCAGUAUCACGGCCCUACUCGCUACCGUCUUCUUGCUCCCCGUUGAUAUUGCCCUCGUUUCGUCGACAACCGCCACCUCUCUCGGCGCCAAGAAGGACUGGGCUACACCCGAGCACAUUGAAGGCAUCUUGAGCACGCUCAAAAUCGCCUACUACACUCUGUACAGCUUCGACGCGCUGCUGUGCUUGGUAGUGAUCCCGUUCACGUACUUCUGGUUCGAGGAGUACGACGAGAUCGACGAGGACGAGAAUCGCAACAAGCCGUUCAGCGGGCGGCUGUGGAGUGCAUUCAAGUACACAGCCAUCUUCCUCGUGCUUGUUGUGGCGCUCUUCCUCAUUGGCUUCUUCGUGCCUGCGGCUGGCCGUAAGGGCGCUGGCAAGCACUUGGACCUCGACUACUUCCAAAAGCUUCUUGCGGAGAACAAUGGCGAAAAGGCGCUGACCUUUUCGGUGGGCCUCUUGGUGACGCUCGGCACACUGCUGUACGUCCUGUACACGGGCGCUGGCCUGGCUCUUCUGCCCAUCUCGUUUAUCAAGUCGGCUCCCUCAAUCUCGGCGCCGCAGCUGAGCGAGACGACGGCAUCGGCACUAGAGCAGAACCGCGAGCGGCAGCGGCAGCUCGAGAUGCGCAACGCCGGUCGCAAUGACGGCAUGUCAGCCAAGGACCGUCGGGAGAUGGAGGCGCUGAUGCGCGAGGAGCGUACGCUGGUGCGGCGUGAGCGGCUGGCGGCAGAGGCCAGUGGCGAGGGUCGCAGCUGGGUGUUCCGGUGGUGGAGCAAGAUGCAAGCGGUGUUCCGACCGCUGAAGCUGCUGGGCGGCAUCUUCUUUUUGGCCCUGUCAGUUUUGAUUGUGAUCUCCAUGAUCAUCACGGGUAUUGACAAGGCGGCGAACUCGGUGUGCAAGCAGCACUGCGGCUACAUCCUGGGCCACAUCAACGUGUUCCAGCCGACGAACUGGAUCUUUAUGAAGGCGGCGCAAGCAUUCCCCGUGGACUAUGUGCUGAUGGCGCUGCUUGUGCUAUACUUCUUCAGCAGCUCGAUCUCAGGUCUCGCCGCGGUCGGCAUCCGUUUUCUGUGGGUGCGCAUCUUCCAGAUCAAAAAGGGCCGCACGGCGCCGCAGGCCAUCCUGGCGGCGACGGUGAUGCUGGCACUGAUGAUCCUGGCCAUCAACUACGCCGUGGCGAUGCUGGUGGCGCCGCAGUACAGUAAUUUCGGCACGCAGACGUUUUGCAUGAACCCGCCGCUGCGUCCGGACGAGCAGCCGGAUUGUACGGGCCACCCCGACUGGAUCAAGCCAUGUUCAGAGGCGUAUCAGGACCGCGCGGCCAAGGACGUGUGUACGCCGACUGUGAUGUCGACGUUUUUGAACCGGAUAACACUCAACUGGCCUGUGUUUGGGGCCAUUGACUUUUGGGCGCAGUUUGCGUUCUUGGGCGUGUUCCUGGUUGUGUUUAUGACGUCCCUGUUCCGGACCCCGCGGCUGAACCUGUCUGAAAUUGACGAGGAGGCCGAGGCGGAUGAAGAGGAGGGCCUGCUGGCGAGCACAGGCCGGCGGUUUGGCGCGACAUGGCAGGAUAUCACCGGCCGCACGGGCAAUGGCGAGAACCGAGCCAACUAUGGGUCCAACUCGCAAUCGUAG